AUGCUUUUCUUUUUCCAUUUCUUCAUAGCUCAGACUUUAUCAGCAAACGAAAUUUCAUUUGCUUUGGAUAAAGAUACGCUUACUAUUACUGGAAAUGGAGAUUUAACACAAGAACUCCUUAAUGAAAAAGUAAAAUCUAAAUUUAACAAACUUAUUAUCAAUGCUAAUUCAAUAAAACUCUCGGAUUCACUAUUUGAAGGAAAUACAGAUAUUGAAUCUGUUACAAUUAGUUCCGGAAUUUCGGAAAUUUCAAAUAGUGUAUUUUCAGGAUGUUCAAAUCUUAAAACUAUCGAUAUAUCUUGCAGCAUUAACACAAUUGGCGAGCUUUCUUUUGCUGAUUGCACAUCUCUUUCUGAAAUAAAACUUCCUUCUACUGUAUCAAGCAUUGGAAAGGAAGCUUUCAAGAAAUGCACUUCAAUUAAAACACACACUCUUCCAUUACAUGUCUUGAAAAUCGAAGAAGGAGUUUUCAGCUACAAUUAUGCGUUAUUAUCCAUAAAAUUACACGAUUCUCUUACAUACAUUGGCAGACGAGCAUUCUAUUGGUGCAAGAAUCUCAAAUCCAUUGAAAUUCCGGAGUCUUGUACUGUUGUUUCAGAUUAUGCUUUCGAAUUUUGCGUUGACAUGACAAAUCUAACACUUCCGAACUCUUUACAAUUACUAGGUAACAGUUCUUUCAUGCAAUGCCAUAGUUUGAAAACAAUUACAAUAUCCCAGAAUUUACCUUCGACAGAUUGCAAAUUUGGCGUAUCCGCCUUUGAAGGCUGUGAGUCACUAGAGAAACUAACAUUUCCAGAAAGCAUUUCAUCGCUUGGAAUGAGGUGUUUUCUCGAUUGUUCGUCCCUCGAGUCAAUAACCAUUCCAGAAACGAUCACUCAAAUCAGCUUUAAAUGUUUUGAGAAGUGCAAGUCGUUAAAAUACGUUACUCUUCAUUCAAAAAUAAAAUAUUUCGCAAACAACGUAUUUUUCGAUUGCCAUGCACUUAUUUCGAUAGAUAUUCCACAACAAGUUACGAGAAUUAGUGAUUUAUGCUUUACUUAUUGCAGAAAUCUGAAAACAGUUAAUCUCUCACCAAAUCUUAAAACCAUUGGUACGAGUUCUUUCUCAGGAUGUGAUAACCUCGAAACAAUUACAUUUCCUGCAACUUUGGAAGUUUUAGGCAAAAAUUGUUUCCAAAAUUGCAAAUUACUUAAUAAUAUUGAACUCCCAAGCAACUUAUCCGAUAUUGGAGAUUCUUGUUUCUAUGGCUGCGAGUCUCUUUCUAAAAUUUCUCUGCCAAAUUCGAUAAAAUUUGUGAAAUCUGCUACUUUUGAAGAUUCAACGUCAUUAUCAGAGAUUGUUCUUUCCCAAUAUAUAGAAGAAAUCAGAGAUUCUGCAUUUUGCAACUGCAAAUCACUCAAAGAAAUUAAUCUUCCUUCUACAUUAAAAUCCAUUGGAAACUACGUGUUCUUUGGCUGUAAAUCACUCGAAAAAGUCAAAUGCGAUCCACGAAACAGAUAUUUCAUUUCUGAAAAUAAUAUUUUAUUCUCAUACUCGAAAGCAGAAUUGAUUUUAGUACCAGCAUGUUACAAUUCCGAUAAGUUUUCUUUCCCAUCUACAGUUAGUACAUUACAUCACUCUUCUUUCGCUUAUAACAAAUAUAUCUCAGAAAUUAUUAUUCCAGAUCAUGUAGAAACCAUCGGAUUUGCAUCAUUUUAUGAAUGCACGAACCUCAAAUCCAUCAAACUUUCAAAUAAACUCAAAGAAAUCGAUGGAAAACUAUUUUACGGCUGUUCCUCAUUAUCCUCAAUAGAAAUACCAAACUCAGUUACAUGUAUAAGGCUUGGAACAUUCACCAGCUGCUCCUCACUCUCUUCAGUCAAACUUUCAGAGAAUCUUGAGACAAUUGAAGGUUUUGUAUUCCAAAACUGCAUCAAACUCGAAUCAAUAAAGAUUCCUAAUGGUAUACAAGAGAUCAGACAGUAUUGUUUCGGUAAUUCUGGUUUGAAAUCAAUUGAAUUACCUGAAAACGUGUCAAUGUUAGAGAGAUAUUGCUUUUCAAACUGCAGAUCGCUAAAAACUAUCAAAUUGUCUGAUAAAAUCCACACAUUCGGCGAUAGUUGCUUUGAAAAUUGUUCAUCUCUAGAAACUCUUGUUUUUCCAGAGAAUCUCGGAGUCCUUGGCCAAAAAUCAUUAUCGAUGUGCACAUCUCUUGUCAAUCUAACGCUUUCGGAUAAACUCCGAAAGAUUUCUCGCGAUACAUUUUACGGAUGCAGCAAAUUAGAGAAUAUUAAGGUCUCCAAUGUCUCCGAAAUAGAAUCUAGUGCAUUCAGAGAUUGCACAAGUCUAAAGGAAAUGAGACUUCCGCCUUCAAUCGUAGACAUUCCUUUCAAUUUGUUCUGGAAUUGUGUAAACCUCAGAAAAGUUAUCAUCGCCUCAGAAUUAAAUUACAUUGACAACAACGCGUUUUGCUAUUGCAAUAAUCUUAAGGUUAUAAUUUUCUUGCAGAAUAUAUUUGGAAUUUCUCCUUACGCGUUUGCUUAUUGCGAAAAACUUUCUGAUAUUUAUUUCUGCGGAAAUCAAGACGUUCUUGGAGAAAUUUCUUUCUCUAAUACUACUAUACAUGUAUCGAAUUCAUCAGUAACAAACUUUGCAACUAAUAAUGUUACUUAUGAUGGACAAAAAGUUUGUGCAGACGCAGAUAUAGAUAUUGAUGUAAAGAAGAGCAAAAAUAAUGUAUUGUUGAUCGUUAUGAUUGUUGUUACUUCACUUCUGUUAGUCAGUUUCAUCAUUCUUAUCGCAUUUUACAUCAGAUCAAGAAAGAUGGUGAAAUCUGACUUCACAGAGUCAUUAUUAAGUAACACAUUAGUUUAA